GCUCUGACAUGGCCGAGUGUUUCGUUGCCGAGCUACCUCCCCACUCUGCUCUCCCCGGCUCCCCCUGCCCUGCCAGUCCCUACCACGUCUGUGACUCUGUGACUCCGAGACUCUCUGUGACGGGCUAUGAGGGACACCGGACAGGACAUCACCCGCCAGUCUUGCCGUCGCUGCUGCUGAUGCUGCGGGGUCGGCCCUUCGCGCCUCUGCUUGAUUCGCCACCGUCCCCUCCUGCUUCCCAAAACGCCCUUCCUUUGCUCCUCCCCUCGCCCGUUUAUAUACCCCAAGCCCGUCCCUCCCCGCCCUGCCCUGAUCUUCUCCUCCGCCAUGCUGCCUCGUAUCGCCAGACUAUCACCACUCUCGGCGAGGAGCGUUCUUCUUCUCAGUCUCAAAACUGACAGACUCGCCGUCAGCAACAACAACAACCACAAAAUCAAUCAUCUCUGCCGUUCAUUCGCACUGACAGCCGUCAACAUGGGCAGCGUCGAGCAGUGUCCUCUGCACUCCAAUGUCGCCGGUGGCGGCACCAAGAACAAGGACUGGUGGCCAAACAAGUUGCGCCUCGACGUCCUGCGCAUGCAUGCCGCCUCGUCCAACCCCAAUGACAAGGACUUUGACUACGCCGAGGCAUUCAAGCAGCUCGACUAUGCCGCCCUCAAGAAGGACCUGCACACCCUCAUGACCAACUCCCAGGACUGGUGGCCCGCCGACUAUGGCCACUACGGCGGCCUGAUGAUCCGCAUGGCCUGGCACUCCGCAGGAACCUACCGCGUCUUUGACGGCCGCGGCGGAGGUGGAGACGGCCAGCAGCGCUUCGAGCCCCUCAACAGCUGGCCUGACAAUGGCAAUCUCGACAAGUCCCGCCGCCUGCUGUGGCCCAUCAAGCAAAAGUACGGCAACAAGAUCUCCUGGGCCGACCUCAUGCUCCUUGCUGGCAACGUCGCCCUAGAGUCCAUGGGCUUCAAGCCCUUCGGCUUCGCUGGCGGCCGUCCCGACACCUGGCAGGCCGAUGAGUCUGUGUACUGGGGCAGCGAGACCACCAUGUUCCCAGAGGGUAACGACACCCGUCACUCCAAGGUCCUUAAGGAGCUCAAGGCCACCGGCACCAUGCAGGGCGACUGGUCAAAGGACACGGACAUCCACCACCGUGAGCUCGAGGAGCCCAUGGGCGCCACCCACAUGGGCCUCAUCUACGUCAACCCUGUCGGCCCCGAUGGCGUCCCUGACCCCCUCGCCUCUGCCAGGGACAUCCGCACUACCUUUGGUCGUAUGGCCAUGAACGAUUACGAGACUGUUGCCCUUAUCGCCGGCGGCCACGCCUUUGGGAAAACCCACGGUGCCGCCCCCGACAGUAACUGUGGUCCACCUCCUGCCGGCGCCGAGAUCAACGAGCAGGGUUUUGGCUGGAAGAGCAAGCACGGCCAUGGCAGUGCCGGCGACGCCAUCACGUCCGGCCUCGAGGUCGUGUGGACGACCACCCCGACCAAGUGGGGCAACGGCUAUCUCACCUCCCUGUUCAACAACGAGUGGGAGAAGGAGAAGAGCCCUGGUGGCGCCUGGCAGUGGGUAGCCAAGAACGCUGAGGCCACCAUACCUGACCCCUUCGACCCCAGCAAGAAGCGUAAGCCCACCAUGUUGACCAGCGAUCUGGCACUACGCGUCGAUCCUGAGUACGAGAAGAUCUCGCGGCGCUUCCUCGAGAACCUCCCCGAGCUCGAGGAUGCCUUUGCCCGUGCAUGGUUCAAGCUUCUCCACCGUGACAUGGGUCCUCUCUCCCGCUACCUCGGUCCCGAGGUCCCCAAGGAAGAGCUCAUUUGGCAAGAUCCUGUCCCCAAGGUCGACCACCCCUUGGUUGAUGACAAGGAUGUCGCACAGCUCAAGAAGGACUUGUUGGCCGCUGGUGUCUCACCAGAUCGUCUUAUCGCUACCGCUUGGGGCGCUGCUUCCUCCUUCAGAAGCAGCGACAAGCGUGGUGGCGCCAAUGGCGCAAGAAUUCGUCUUGAGCCUCAGAAGAACUGGGGUGCCAACAACCCACAGCAGCUGCCCCAGAUCCUCAGUGCCAUCGAGGGCGUGCAGAAGCAGUUCAACAGCUCCGCCCCUGGCGGCAAGAAGAUCUCCUUGGCUGAUGCGAUCGUCCUUGCUGGCACCGCCGCGGUAGAGAAGGGCGCAAGGGACGCCGGACACAACGUCACGGUGCCCUUCACGCCGGGCCGCACAGAUGCUUCGCAGGAGCAGACAGAGGUGGAUUCCAUUGACUACCUCGAGCCCAAGGUGGACGGGUUCCGCAACUAUGGCAAAUCCUCGGCGCGUGUCAAGGCUGAAGAGUACUUGGUCGACAAGGCCAACCUUCUCGGCCUCUCUCCACCCGAGCUGACCGUCCUCGUUGGCGGCCUGCGAGCUUUGAACGCGAACUGGGACGGCAACGCCAACGGCGUGUUAACGAAGCGCCCUGGCCAACUCACGAACGAUUUCUUCGUCAACCUUCUGGACAUGAGCACCAACUGGGUGGCCAAGGGUAACGACGGUGAGCUGUGGUCCGGAGUCGACCGCAAGACGGGUAACGAAACAUGGACCGCCACUCGUGCCGAUCUCGUGUUUGGUUCUCACUCGGAAUUGAGGGCUAUUGCCGAAGUCUACGGUAGUGCGGACGGGGAGGGCAAGUUCGUCCGAGACUUUGUCGCUGCCUGGAACAAGGUCAUGAUGCUGGACAGAUUCGACGUCAAGGGCGGUCAGAAAGCCGGUGGCUCUGGGUACAGACUAUAAAGGAUCAGAUUUGGCUUAUACAAGCCAGCCAUCCUCGCCUUAGCUAUUUUACCGGAGGUGUAGGCUAGACUGUAAGCUUUGUGGUCAGAGAUUGAAAGAGAUUGACAUUUUGGUACUCA